UCCCUCGUACUUGACAAUACAAAAAAUCAUUGCUGAAAAAUGUUAAGUUAAAAUCUUUAUUGCAAAUAUAUGUUAAUUGUAUUAUAAGUAAUAAUCAUAUAUAAUAAUGGCAAGCCCACGUACUCGCCGCGUUCUUCAAGAGUUAAAACCCAAGGACGAAAAUUCGAAAUGCUUUGAGUGUGGUACACAUAAUCCACAAUGGGUUUCGGUGACGUACGGUAUUUGGAUUUGUUUAGAAUGUUCAGGCAAGCACCGAGGCCUAGGAGUGCACAUAUCAUUUGUGCGUUCAGUAACAAUGGAUAAAUGGAAAGAUAUUGAAUUGGAAAAAAUGAAGGUCGGUGGUAACGCUAAAGCUAGAGAAUUUUUCGAAGACCAAGAUGAUUGGGACGAACGUGCUCCCAUCGCACAGCGUUACAAUUCUAAAGCCGCUGCAUUAUACCGAGAUAAAAUAUCUUCUUUAGCACAGGGAAAAUCAUGGGACUUAGUGGAAGCAAAAAAUCGCAUUUCCAACUCUAAUAGACUUGGCGGCAGUUCUUUUAAUAAUACAAGUUAUUCAAAGAGCAUUAGUUCUGAAGGAGGCUACCAGUCGGAAGCUAACAAAGGAAGCGCUUGUACUACAAACAAUUAUCAGCAAUUUAAUACAGCUGAAUUCAAGGAGCAAAAAGAAGAAUUUUUUGAGCGCCGAAAAAUGGAAAAUGCGUCAAGGCCUGAUCACUUGCCGCCUAGCCAAGGGGGAAAAUAUUCUGGCUUCGGAUAUUCCCGAGAUCCGCCGACUAAAACUCAAUCUCAAGAAAUCAUUGACACCACGCUCUCAUCUUUAGCUUCGGGUUGGAGCUUACUUUCUGCAGGUGCAUCCAAAAUUGCUAAUACGGCGAAAGAGAAGGCUGCCACAACUGUUAGCCUGGCUUCUUCAAAGAUUAAAGAAGGCGGUUUAUUAGAAACUGUCCAAGGUCAUGUAUCCGAUGUAGCUUACAAGGUGACAGAUAUUGGUAAAAGAGGUUGGAAUAAUAUUGGUGGAAAUAAUGUAGCAUCAAAUCAAUAUAACGCUGGUGGAAACAACAAUGCAAACAAUGAUAACUCUUACCAACGAUCGCAUUCCAUUGGAGGUGACGGUGAUUGGGAUUGGGGAAAUGGUGCGUCCAAAUCACCUUUAGCUCAGUCUAGUUCAUAUCAUCAUCAAUUGGGUGAAAUGAAUGAUAACUGGACAGGUUAUGAAUCUGUUGGAUAUCAAAAUUCUUACCAACAAACGAACACAUCUGGUGAUAGUUCGAGUUCAACUGCAGUACGCAAGAAUACAAAGCUUCAAACGACUUCCCAAAAACUAAGUGAAGGUUUCAACAGUCUCGAUGUCAAAAGCGUGCCAAAUAAAAGCGGUAAUAAUGGAAAAGCCACAGAAGAAGACGCUGCAUGGGAUUUGCUAAUGAAUUAAUUGAAUGACGACCUUUUCUUAAAAAUUUUAAAACCUUCUAUAUACACAGCAGAUAUAUUAAUUGUAAUAUUAAUUAGAAAUCAUUACAAAGUGUAUAUCUUUGCAACAAUGUAAAACGACUUAUGUCAAAUAAAUAUUCAAUGUAUAAUAAUCGCAAA